AAAGCGGAGUACAUACCUGAGCGCCAGGAAACGUGUUUUAAACGACUCGUGUGGGAAUAUCAAAGUCGUGAUAAUCAUGUUUAAAGCAGUACAGCGCCAGCUGUCGUGGGGUCAUCAUUGCUUCAAUACGACCGUAAUUGCUCGUCCCCUUCGCGAUAGCAUCGACGACAUCACAGCGACGAGACUGAGCACGAGACACCUUUGGAACCGAAAGUUGUCUACGCAUCUACGCGAGAUGGUGAAGGCGAGAAAGUACGUGGUGGUGAAUCACUUCGUGAACGAGGCGAAGCCGACGGAUCUAAAAUUGGUGGAAGAGGAGUUACCGCCGUUGCAGAAUGGAGAAUAUCUCGCGGAAGCCGAGUACUUAUCUGUGGAUCCAUACAUGAGACCGUACCUGCAAAAGUUCCCGGUCGGGAUCACAAUGAUCGGUAGUCAGGUCGCCAAGAUCGUGGAGUCGAAAAAUCCAGAUUUCCCGGUUGGCAAGAGGAUCGUCGGGAACCUGGGCUGGAGAACUCACACGAUAGUCAAGCCGAAUACCGUCGAUGCAGCGUUCGAGUCAACACCGUACAUUUUGCCGGACCUAGGCAAUCUGCCGCCGUCCCUAGGCCUAGGCAUGCUGGGAAUGCCGGGCAACACGGCGUAUUUCGGCUUGCUGGAAUUAUGCAAACCGAAGCCCGGCGAAACAAUCGUCGUCAGCGGAGCCGCCGGUGCGGUCGGCUCGCACGUGGGCCAGAUCGCCAAGAAUCUGGGCCUGACGGUCAUCGGUAUAUGCGGCUCCGACGAGAAGUGCAAGUGGCUUACUGAGGAAAUGGGUUUUGAUACAGCCAUCAACUAUAAGACCAUGCCAAUCGCGUCCAGCUUACGCAAAGCCGCUCCGCGAGGCGUGGAUUGUUAUUUCGAUAAUGUUGGCGGAGAGGUUUCCAACACAGUCAUGUACCAGAUGAGACCAUUCAGCCGGGUUGCCGUGUGCGGUUGUAUAUCGAACUAUGACGCGGACCCUUCGGCCUUGCCUAAAUGCACGGUUCUGCAACCUGCGAUAAUCUUCAACCAAAUGAAGAUCGAAGGAUUCGUUGUUACGCGUUGGUCGGACCGCUGGCUCGAGGGAAUCACGCAGAACUUGCAGUGGAUACGCGAGGGUAAGCUCCGUUACCGCGAGACCGUGACGAAAGGCUUCGAAAACAUGUUCGAUGCGUUCAUCGGCAUGAUGCGCGGAGAGAACAUCGGAAAAGCGAUCGUCAAGGUGUAGACAUCAACGAUCUGCGUAAGAUGCCAAUCGACUGAUCACUUGCGCAAGGUCGUAUAUCGACUUUACGCAAUUUUCAGUUGUUUCUGCUUAAACACUCAUUUCGGACCAAAAUGAGCGUUUUAUCCUGUAAACUUUUCUCAGCAUUCUUCACGUUUUUUAAUAUUAUUCAGGUAUUUACACAUUUAUAAGGUCAGAAUUACACAGCGUGUUAUCAUCGAACAACAUUCAAAACGCAAUUGAACGAAUAGUCAGGUUCUUUUUUCUUGUCAAACCAUUUGUAAUAAAUAUACCUUUUGCAUUCUUGCAGUAAAAACAAACAGAGGCUGUGAAAAAUAUGUAGUUGCAAUUGAUAUUUAGACAAUUGUUUGAUAUUGCAUAAUGUGCAAUAAAAUAUGAAGUUUAUUAAAUAAAACAUAUCGUUCGAUCGCAA